GGUUUCAAUAUUCAUUGUUUUAUAGCUUUAUCAUCUUCUUCGGUCACCGUCAUCGUCUUCUUUGGGGUACACAAUUCGAUUCCGACCUCUACCACAAAAGCGCGAAGGUCUGUGCGGUUGGAGAAAGUGAGGGAGGGAUGGCGAUGCGGGAGCUAGUCACUGGUGGAGCAGCCUGUGCCGUUCCUGGCUCUUCCUCUUCUUCCAAUCCUCUAGGUGCUCUCGCUAACGCGCUUAUUGGCUCUUCUUCAAAGACUCAGGGAAGGCUAAAUGAAAUUCCUGCCUCCACAUCCACAGCUUCCGAGGGUGGUCAAUUCUACUCUGAAAUCGAUGAGCAUUUGAGAGCACUUCCUGGCUCUAAAUUUGAUCAGCAACUUUUGCACCCCAAUGCUCAGGGAUCAGAAUUUCUUCGUGGCUUCCGCUCUACGGAUCAGAAUGCACUAGCAGAAGCAUGGAACGAGGUGCAGCUACAGCGCCCUCCAGUUUCUCCUCAGGUUGACUUAUAUGGUCGCACAUCUUCUCCUCAGACACAACCAAGUUUUGAUGGGCCACCACAGAGAGUGCUAUCAAGCUUUUUGCACUCUUUUGUUGAUAGUAGCCAUGGUGGAAUUCCCUUUCUUCCAACUCCACUUCCAUUACUAGGACUGUCCGAAGGGGACAAACAGUGCAUUCGUGAUCGUAGCAGCAUUAUGGCUCGGCACUUUUUUGCUGAUAAAAGUGAAGAGUUUAUCAAUGCCCAGGUAAAUGCACUCCUGUUGUCUUUAGACAUUGAUAACGAUGUCCAGGGAAAAAGACCUCUUCCUGGAAGAUUCCGAGAGCUGGAAGACUAUUGGAACGAGUCACAAGGAGUUUUGAGACAUGGUCCUCAUGCUGCAGAUGGUUGGGUUGCCGAGUUCAGUCAACAGAGAGCAGAACCCAGUAAUCCUGAUGCCUGGGCUCACUCAUUUGAACAGCAACAUGGUGCUAAUGGCUGGGUCUCAGAGUUUGAGCAGUCUCAAUUGGCAUCAGUGGAUCAAAUGAGAGGUGGAAGCAUUGCAAGUUUAGCUACAAUGGAGCAGACUCGUAUGCUUGCACACACGCUAGCUCAAAAUGAUGACCCAAAAUUUCAGAAUUCAAAGUUUCUUCAGUUUGUUUCAAAGAUGAGUCGUGGUGAACUUAUUAUUGAUGAUAAUCAAGUGAAGCCGAACACGUUAUCUGCAACCGGGAAUUGGGCGACGGAAUAUCAACAACAAUACAAUGUCACUCCUAUGUGGGCUGAUGAAUUUGCACGUGAUGAGCUUGCUCAUGGACCUGAUCGAUGGAUUAACGAGUUCACCACUGGAAAAGAACAGGGGUCAGUCAAUGAUCAGUGGGUCAAUGAAUUUUCAAAGCUGCACAUGAAUGAUUGGGUGGAGGAAUUUGGGCAUCAGGUCGGCGAGGGGGCUUUGGGGGACAGUUCCACUGAUUGGGCAAAUGCAUAUGACGAAUUCCUAAAUGAACAAGUAUCUGCCAAGCAACAAUCAGAUGCUUCAAGGGGGGUCUAUAUCUUCUCUGACAUGAAUCCUUAUGUUGGUCACCCAAAUCCUUUAAAAGAAGGCCAGGAGCUGUUUCGUAAGGGGCUUCUGAGUGAAGCAGUUCUUGCCCUGGAGGCUGAAGUUUUGAAAAACCCAGAUAACGCUGAAGGCUGGAGGUUACUUGGAAUAGCACAUGCGGAGAAUGAUGAUGAUCAGCAGGCAAUAGCGGCCAUGAUGCGUGCUCAUGAGGCUGAUCCGACGAAUCUUGAAGUUCUUCUUGCCCUUGGUGUGAGUCAUACGAAUGAGUUGGAACAGGCGGCUGCAUUAAAAUAUUUAUAUGGAUGGCUGCGCUAUCAUCCAAAAUUUGGAACACUUGCCCCUCCAGAGCUUUCUGAUUCUUUAUAUUAUGCUGAUGUUGCUAGAUUAUUUAAUGAAGCUGCUCAGAUGUCUCCCGAGGAUGCUGAUGUGCACAUAGUGCUUGGCGUCUUAUACAAUUUGUCCAGAGAAUAUGACAAAGCUAUCACAUCCUUCCAGACAGCUUUGAAGCUCAAGCCAAAUGACUACUCUCUUUGGAACAAACUUGGCGCAACACAAGCCAACAGUGUUCAGAGUGCUGAUGCGAUAUUUGCUUAUCAGCAUGCACUUGAUUUGAAGCCUAAUUAUGUACGUGCAUGGGCAAACAUGGGCAUCAGUUAUGCCAAUCAGGGUAUGUAUGAAGAGUCCAUUUGUUAUUAUGUUCGGGCACUUGCCAUGAAUCCCAAGGCAGAUAACGCCUGGCAGUAUUUGAGAAUUUCUUUGAGCUGUGCUUCUAGGAGUGACAUGCUAGAAGCUUGUGAUUCCCGAAAUCUAGAUGUUCUUCAGAAGGAGUUUCCUCUGUAAAAGAGGAAAGGUCAUGGCUCCAUGUUUUUACCACAGCUGAGUCUCAGAUUAAGUGGUGGUCUGAUGGUACGAGCAAGAAAUGCCACAGAAGUUGAAAAACCAAACGUGGGUGUUGUUUUAAGCUUUGUCAUGGAGCUUAAUUGUGAAGGCGUUGCUGUUUCAAUGCUAAAGAAUUCAUUUAUUAUGGGAAUGGAGAUAAUUGCAGUACUCGAAAGUUUUGUGAAUCACAAAGAUGUAACUGAGUAUUCUUCCUCAGUAUAAAAUAAGUAUAUUCCGAUACAGACGGAUUUAGUAAAAUUGCUUUGUUUUGCCUAA